AUGUCAAAUUUGUUCAACUCCUGGUUAUGGCUUUCUCGCCUUCGUUCAUCUUCAUUCAAGUCAUCCUUUCACCGCACUCUCCAUAGCAUCACCACCACGCCUCGCAAAACCGCACCCACAUUCUCCUAUCUCUUCAACUCACACAGAACAAGCAACCCUUGGACCACAUGGUCAAUUCCUCUCGCUCUCGCUCUCUCUGCUGGAUCACUUUCUCUUCAGCCUCGUUCUGACUCUUCCUUCUCCGACUCUCUCGAUUCCGAUGUCAGCGGUGUCAGUAUUGGAGGCAAAGAUAGCACUCAGUAUGUUGUUAAGGGAUCACAGAAAGAGCUUCCACAAGAGCUUCUCCAGGAGUUGAAAAUCAUCUGUAAGGAUAACAUAUCACUUGAUUAUGAUGAGAGAUAUUUCCAUGGAAAACCACAAAACAGUUUUCACAAGGCUGUCAAUAUCCCAGAUGUGAUUGUUUAUCCGAGAUCAGAAGAGGAGGUCUCCAAGAUUGUCAAAUUAUGCAACAGUCAUAAGAUUCCUAUUGUACCUUACGGCGGAGCUACAUCGAUCGAGGGUCACACUUUAUCCCCCAAUGGAGGGGUUUGUAUUGACAUGGCAUUAAUGAAAAAAGUGAAAGCAUUGCAUGUUGAUGACAUGGAUGUGGUUGUUGAUCCUGGAAUUGGGUGGAUGGAGCUUAAUGAGUAUUUGGAACCUUAUGGUCUGUUUUUUCCACUUGAUCCCGGUCCUGGUGCAAGUAUUGGAGGAAUGUGUGCUACACGCUGUUCUGGCUCGUUAGCUGUGAGGUAUGGAACUAUGCGUGAUAAUGUUAUCAGUCUCAAGGUAGUUCUUGCCAAUGGAGAUAUUGUGAAGACUGCAUCUCGAGCUAGGAAGAGUGCUGCAGGGUAUGAUCUGACGCGUUUGAUGAUUGGGAGUGAAGGAACUCUUGGUGUCAUAACAGAAGUAACACUGCGGCUUCAGAAAAUUCCUCAGUUUUCAGUGGUUGCAAUGUGCAAUUUCCCUUCUGUGAAGGAUGCAGCAGAUGUUGCUAUUGCCACUAUGAUGUCUGGAAUACAGGUGUCAAGGGUUGAGCUAUUGGAUGAAGUUCAAUUAAAAGCUAUCAAUAUUGCUAAUGGGAAGAGUUUUCCUGAAAGUCCAACUUUGAUGUUUGAAUUUAUAGGAACAGAGGCAUAUGCACGUGAGCAAACGCAAAUAGUUCGAAAAAUUGUUUCUGAGCACAAUGGCUCGGAUUUUGUAUUUGCAGAAGAACCUGAAGCCAAAAAAGAACUUUGGAAGGCAAGGAAGGAAGCACUCUGGGCUUGCUUUGCUAUGGUACCUAAUACGGAAGCAAUGAUUUCGGAUGUAUGUGUUCCUUUAUCUCAUCUAGCUGAUAUAAUUUCAAGGUCUAAAAAGGAGCUGGAUGCAUCGUCACUGGUUUGCACAGUUAUUGCUCAUGCUGGUGAUGGUAAUUUCCACACGGUAAUUCUAUUUGAUCCCACAAAAGAAGAACAGCGACAGGAAGCAGAGAGACUCAAUCAUUUUAUGGUUCAUGCUGCCUUGUCAUUGGAAGGAACUUGUACCGGGGAACAUGGUGUUGGCACUGGAAAAAUGAAGUAUCUUGAAGAAGAACUCGGAGUGGAAGCAUUGAGGACAAUGAAAAAAAUAAAAUCAGUCCUAGAUCCUAACAAUAUCAUGAAUCCAGGAAAGCUCAUCCCUCCCCAUGUUUGUUUCUAA